AUGGCAUCAUCAUCAAACGACCCUUUCUCUGAUGAAAGGUUUGAUGAUCUUUUUGAUCAAACGAUGGAUCAUUUGUUUGAUACCCUUUCGGAGAUUCAAGCACCACCAAAGCCAAAGAAGAAAAGAGCAUUCAUAGAAAGAGAAAGAGAAUUGGGUCACCAGCAACUAUGGAAUGACUACUUUAGUGAAGAUUGUACAUACCCACUGCAUGUAUUCCGACGCCGUUUCAGGAUGAACAAGCCAUUGUUCAUGCACAUUGUGGAUCGAUUGUCUGAAGAAGUUUCAUAUUUCAAACAAAAAAGAGAUGCUGCUGGAAGGUUUGGUCUUUCUGCACUUCAAAAGUGCACAGCAGCAAUUCGCAUAAUGGCAUACGGUUCUGCUGCUGAUGCGGGAGUAAUCAAUGUAUUCGGAGAUGAGUACUUGAGAAGACCAACCGCUGACGAUCUUCAACGACUUCUUGAUGUCGGUCAAUCGCGUGGAUUCUCGGGGAUUAUUGGAAGCAUUGAUUGCAUGCAUUGGGAGUGGAAAAAUUGCCCUACGGCAUGGAGAGGACAGUAUACACGUGGUUCAGAAAAGCCGACAAUCGUCUUAAAGGUUGUGACAUCAUAUGAUCUUUGGUUCUGGCAUGCCUUUUUUGGACCUCCAGGUACUUUAAACGGUAUCAAUGUUCUUGAUCGUUCACCUGUUUUCGAUGAUAUUUUCAAAGGUCGAGCUCCAAAGGUUACCUACUGGGUUAACGGACAUCAAUACGAUUUGGCAUACUACCUCACAAACGGUAUAUAUCCCGAUUGGGCAACGUUUAUCCAAUCUAUUCCACUCACACAAAGUGAAAAAGCAAGACUUUUUGCUACAACGCAAGAAUCCGUCAGAAAAGAUAUCGAACGUGCCUUUGGAGUCCUGCAACCUCGUUUUGCAAUUGUGAAAAAACCUGGCUCUAUUUUGGGAUAA